CAGCUGCACUGGCCAGGGGAAGAAGAAGAAGAAUGAGUGUGUUUGAGGCCGGCAGAUGGAAGGCCCUGUGUGAUGAAGGCUGAUUAUGCCCAAUGUCACACAAGAGAUGAUAUUCUCUCUUCACAAAGAGUCAUAACCCCAUUAACAUGUACCCCAUGCUACCAUGGCAACAGAGAACUCUUCCUCCCCAGAGCCACACUCCUCUCUUUGUCCUACAAAGUCUGCUGCUGUGUUCCCCUGUCCUGGGGAGGAGGGGUGGCCAGUGUGAAUUAGAGGACAGGAAUGUAGGGAACCCCCCCCUUGUGGAUGAGCCCUGGCCAUUCCCCCAUGUCACCAUCACAUUUCCUUCUUUAAAAUCUUGGAGCCAACAGGAGCAAAGGAGAGAGGAGCUGAGACUCUGGGAGCGCACAAGGACAAACCACUAGCGGAGACAGACAGACAGAGGUUGGGCACAUCUGCAGCACGCCAUUUUAUAGGAAGGAAGAUGUCGGUGAUGGGGGCAGAACUUGCACUGCCUGUGAAUGCCACAAGCUUGGUUUGGGUGGAUACCUGUGUACGUGAGACCUCCCUGGAAAAUGCCCUUCUCUCCUUGUGCUACUUCCUGGGGCUGCUGGUGGGCGGCCUGGGAAACAUCCUGGCCCUCUCACUCUUCAUUCAAGAUCGACAGCAGCGGUCACCCUCUGACAUCUUCCUCCUCCACCUUGCCAUCUCUGAUCUCUUUCUGCUCCUCAGCCUCCCUACCAGGCUCUUCUAUCAUCUCUCAAGCAACAGCUGGCCCUUUGGAGCAUUGCCCUGCAGACUGUCUGCCUUUGUCUUCUACCUAAAUAUGUAUGCCAGCCUCUAUUUCCUGGCAGGGAUCAGCAUUGACAGGUAUCUGGCCAUUGUGCACCCACUCAACUCUGUUAAGAUUCGACGGCCUCUUCAUGCACAUGUGACUUGUGGCUUUCUUUGGGUAAUUGUGGCUUUUGCCACAGCCCCUCUUCUGAUUGGCAAUGGACAUGCAACAGAUGAUAGAGCUUGCCGCCUUCUAUAUCGUGAAACCCCAUCUUUGAGGGCAUUGUCAUCACUUAGUGCUGCCUUCGCCAUCCCUUUCUUGGGUACAGUCACUUGUUAUGGGCUCAUUCUCAAGCGCCUAAGGAAUGGGGGUGACCGAAAGCCUAAAGAGCGGGCAGUAAAGAUGGUUUUGUUGGUUCUUACAAUAUUCCUCAUCUGUUUUGUUCCAUACCACCUUAGCCGAGCUCUCUACCAUGUGCUGAUGCCUGGAGGUGAGGCUCAAGCUCCAAUGUCAUCUUGCAGUUUGAGGCAAGGACUGGCACUAGCCAAUCGCUUCACCUCCUGCCUCAGCACAUUGAAUGCUGCUCUGGAUCCUUUAGUCUAUUUCUUCGCUGUCAAGAAAUUCCGGGAAGCUCUGCCCUGCAGGAACAAGGGCCCUGAUGCAGCCAGGAGCAGGGAGGGAAAGACAGAGGAUAGUUCUCUCAGUGCAAAGACAGAAGUGUGACAUUCUCAGGAGUGAUGGGUAAUCGGGAGACAAACUGGAUUGAUACUGCCAAACCCAUAGGCUUACAGCAUAGAAAUAAGAUAAAAUAGAAUACGUAGGAUUUUCCUGCUGAAAUGAGACAAAUGAGGUCUUCAAAUAUAUAUAUAUCUUUAUUUACACAGAAUACCUCCAUUUCUGAAUAAUAUAAAAUAUAUGAUCAUAUUUAAAUAAUAUGGAUCAGCCAAAUCCUGGAUUCAGUGCACCCCUAGGAUUAUAGAUGUAGAAAACAAUAGAAACAUGCGGAGAGAGAACUUUGUCAGAAGAAGAAGAAGAAUGUAUUAGAAUUAAAAUAGGUUGGCGGAGAUUGGUAAGUGGGAAUGUAUAGGGAUGGGGUAGAAGGAAGCACAAGAUGGUGACUGUAUUUGGGUUGGAAGAAGGAAAGGUUAAAGACUGGUGAGUAGGAAACCCUUUAGCUGGAAAUCACUUGCAAUAGGACUUAUUGAUGGACGAGUGACACCCAUACAGAUAUCUUUCUGCAGUUCUCUGCUGCUGGUGUCACAUGGUGGCUUCUCAGGUGAGUGGUGUUUAGGCACCAUUAGUAACAGGUUAAAGGCGUGGGAGUUAGAGCAGUUGGCCAGUAGGUAUGGACAUAAUAAAGUUAGCAGAGUAAUAAUUAUGUUAUGGUUAAAUGUUCUACAGCAGGGCUGCCCAGACAGAGGGCUGCAAGAGACCUCUAAGAAUGGCCCUCAAUCCACCACUCAGAAGCUAAAUUGACCUCUGUGGGUGACAUAAUCACUUUAUUAGUAUCUGGCCCCUGAGCAUGUAGCAUAGCUAGUAAUUGGCCCAACAUGAAAAUAGCUGAACCAUGCUGUGCUAGAGAAUAUAUCAGGGUGUAGGAGCCACUCACAUGGAUGUUCUAUGGCAAUGAUCAUUUAGAAUUUGAUUGGGACAAUCUUGAGAAGCAUGGGGGCACAUAUAAUGGCCGACUUCAGCAUAGAGACACAUGCGCCAGCAGGUUUAGCCAUGGAUCCCCUGGUCAUAGUCAUCAUCUCUGAUUCUGUUGGAUCAGCUGUUGGUCAUUCAUUUCUAAUAAUGAAGUAUUAGGAAGGCUUAACUCCCUUAUAGUCACAAUGUGAGAAGCUAAACUGCAAUAAAGUAGAUUCGUGCAGUUGCACUCAUGGCAUAGCCUGUGUUGUGUUACCCCCUGUAUUUCAUGCCAUCCUCUUCAUUAAGUGACUCUGUGUUGUAAAAAAAUAUAUUAGGACAAUGGGCUUAGCCUAACUAUCUUGAAGUCGACCCAUUAAAAAGUGGAAUAGCACUAAUAGUACAAGGCACAAACUUGAUGGUUAUAUUUGUCAUCAUAUUGUAUGGAGGUGGUGUUGUUUCUGCCGAUCCCUGUAACGGGGCUCUACAGACUGUACAUACUCACUGGGUUACCCAGGUGUUACAUACAUUUACUAUUCUGAUAUUCUUUAUUGAAAAGGGAAUUUUUAUUUAUUAAUUUAUUUCUAUCAUUUAUUCUCUAUAGCAGCAAACGCAGGCAACUUUUUUUUUUUUAAAUUCUGUUCUUCCUUAUUUGAUGGAUUGGGUAAAAAGUGUUGGUUUAGGGGUUUCUGCUUAUUUCAAACAAUCCCAUUCAUAAGAACAGAUCAUGUAGAGACGAUAAGGUUUAAAGGAAGCACAGUGGGCACUGUAUGGAGAGAAGUUGCAACUUUGCCCUUUCCCUGGUUAUGGCCUCCAGUGCCCCAAACUGCCUUCUCUUUGCAUUGGGAGCCAAGAAAACUAUUGGUUCUUUGCAUUUUAAGGGAUUCUUAUAUAAUCCCUAAUCUUAAUGGGUUGCCUGUACAAACCCAAAUAUAAACACAACACAAACAACUGAUUUUUUAUUGUAUUGUUUUUAUUAGCUGUAAUAUUGAUGUGUAGGCAGCCGUAGCAGUGAGUCUGAGCCUGCGCUGCACAUUACGUUCUCUGCUUUACAUAACCUACUGUUUCUCCCACUCAGUGUAACUGAAGGAGUCAUGAACAACUUUGCUGUUUUACUAUUUAGUUUUAUUCUCAUACCUACCACUAGGUGGGGCACAGGGCAUGUUUAACAAUACAGGGGGCAGGGAGCUGCUAUCUUGCUCCCUUCCCAUUGUUUUGCUGAUUGGGCGCAGCAGUAAAAAGAGUAAAUGUUUAUCAAAGCUCUGAAAAACGGAUUUCAAUGCAGGAUUGUGCUAGAGCAGUGCUACUGACUGGUGCAUUUUAUAAAAUAAAUCCCUUUAAAUAUCUCUAAUGUGAGCAAUAAAUACAUAAUUUGCCUGAUUCUACACAGUUUUUCAGUAAUUAAUAGAGAACUAAACGUUGGGCUCCUGCAGGCACCCUGCUCCCCUGUAACUGAGCAAAGUAUGGUGGGUGUGGCUCUGGCAGGGCCACUAUAUUUACUAGAAAAGUUUACUUCUCCUUUAAUCAGCCCCAGGUCAUUUCACAAACAAAUAGUACAUUUAUAAAACUGCUUUAUCCCUCGUAUCCCUAGCAUUUAAUUACUGGUUUUUAUAUACUUUUCUUACUCAAUGUUUCAUUGAUUUACUUAAUAGUCUCCUUGCAUAAAUAUAUCUCUGUCCAAUGUUUAACUUGAUUUAUUAAAUGCAUUGAUCUACUCGCCUGUU